AUGGAAGAUGCAGUGCAAGGCAUAUUAUUGGCAGCCGAGCUUGCCAAAACUGCAGAAGUUUGGAACAUUGGUGGUGACAAUGAUUACUCCAUUGAUGAAAUGAGACAGGUACUGGAUGGAAAAAAUGUUACACCAUCGCCUUGUCCGUCUUCCUUAUCCUCGGAGAAGGCCAAAAAAGAUCUGGGCUAUGAGGCCCACGGGAAUGAGCUCAAAGCUCUCGCAAGCCUUUCCGCUCCAAUGACACUUCAGCCAGCUGGUUCGGCCGCUAAAAUUCUCCUUUACGGCUCCAGAGGCUGGAUUGGACGGCAAUUCGUGGAGCUACUGCAGAAAGAAGGCGUGGCUUACGUUGAAGCCAAAACUCGUCCAGGAACUGAUGCUGAUGAAGUCAUUAGGGAGGAGAUGGUCCAGGUUGCACCUAGCCAUGUGAUGUCGAUGAUUGGGAGGACACAUGGGGAAGGUGUGAACUCGAUUGCGUACCUCGAAGGUGGACCAGAUAAACUGAAGCUGAACAUGCGCGAUAAUCUCUAUGCACCAUGGAUCUUGGCCAGUCUUUGCGAAAAGAUGAAUAUUCACUUUACUUAUCUAGGAACUGGUUGUCUAUUCAAAUACGACGCCGAGCAUCCAAUUGAUGGGCCAGGUUAUAAGGAAGACGAUGUUGGCAACUAUGAUGGUACCUCCUACUCAGCCGUCAAAUGCUUUACCGAUCGCCUUUUACGACAUUUUGACAAUACCCUACAAUGUAGAAUCCGUCUACCAGUUAAUUAUGAACCAGAUAACCGGAAUCUAGUCGCGAAGGUAAGUAUAUCUAUUUCGAAAGAUCCGUAAGA